AUGGGAGAUCAAUCUGUCAAGAAUAUUGCUUCCAUCGAUUUAACAACGCAUCAACUCAAACCUUUAUCAAAGGGAUUAGACGGUAUUGUUCACAGUAUUUAUUGUGAUACCGAUCAGGUCUAUGUAGGUGGAUCCUUCACCGCUCCCAGCACAUCCGACAGUGUCAGCUAUUCAACCUCUCUCUCUCAAUUUGGUGGAAAUGUUGCAUUAUGGAAAGGUGAAAAAUGGGUUGGAUUACCUUGGAAAGGUCUUAAUGGUCCUGUAUAUUCCAUCUUAAAGAACAAAAAUCAAAUUGUUUUUGGCGGUCGUUUUGAUACCACGACAGAUGGUCAAUCACUUCAUGCACCUGCAAGUCAGCCCAUUAGUCUACCUGCAACCGGUGUUUCAGCAACAUCUGGGUUAAAUCCUUCCUCUAUUUUAUGUAGCUCCUCUUCAUGGCUAUUAGAUGAAGGAGUGCAAGGUACUUGGCAAACAGCUUUUUCAACUUACAGCGUCAAUCCUUCUCUUGUCCGAAUCGCAAACUCAAAAGUAGAAAACCGUCAAACAAAAGAAUUUUCUAUUCGGUCAUUAGCAAAUACGACACAGCUUUUCUCUUUAUCCUAUCUGGACCCAAUUACUGGCAUUGCUGUCACAUGUAGCGAUAAUUGCACCUUAUCCAACAAUCCCUCUGUCACCUACCAAGAUUUUAGAAUCCUAGAUACCUUCAUGACAACAGGCAUUGCCAUUGAUAUCAAAUCUUGGUACGGCGUAGGUGGUGGUCUAUCCUCUGUCCAAGUAUUUCAAUCCGAAAUAUUCACUUAUGCAGUCAAUCCCGAUCCCACCAAUAUCUGUACAUCCAACGUCACAUUACCCAAAGUCUCCACCGUAGGAAAUUGGACUACUGUCACAUCCGGUUCACCUUAUUUAUCUUAUCCCAUCAAAUCUACGCUGGAUACAUCCUCCGUCACCUUUUAUCCAAACAUUGCAGAAUCAGGCAUUUACGAGGUGUUGGUUUACACACCACCAUGCAAAUCAACCGCUUGUUCAGAACGUACAGAUAUCGACCUGAGCUUUGCCCUGUCCAAGGCCAAUAAAGAAAACGCCACCAUGAGUCAAAAGUAUCCCGGAAGUAGAUCCAUCUUUACCGGCUAUUUCGAUCUUUCCGACAAUUACAAUCCUUCUAUCGUACUUUCUUUAGCGAAAAAUGCUUCCAUUACCACUUCUUCUGAACUCGUCGCUUUAUCCGUUCAACUUGUAAAAAUGGCUACCAAUGAUGCUUUAUCCAGUGUCUUGGUCUAUAACUCCACACAAACGAAUAUCACCAUGACCUCACUUGCUUGGGGUGCACUUCCAGAUAACGUACCUUAUAAUUCAAUUGUACAAGCCAUGGAAGUGACUUUGGAUGGGGAUUUAUAUUUAGCUGGUGAAUUUACCGGUAAAGAUGGACUCGGCUCACAAUAUACCAAUAUUGCACAGUAUGAUGCUAGUGCAAAAAAAAUUCUAGCAUUGCCUGGCGGAGGUUUGAAUGGCGCCAUUCAUGCAAUUGCUGUUACUUCCACUGAUCUUUACAUCGGAGGCAGUUUUAAUAGUAUGAUCAACUCAACAACUACAUCGUCAAAUAGCUUGACAAAUGUUGCUCAAUAUAAUAUACAAAAAUCUGCCUGGAGCUCUUUAAAAUCGGGUGUAAAUGGACCUGUGAAAUCAUUAAGUGUAUCAUCAAAUUCUUUACUUGUUUCCGGAGAUUUCACACAGCUGGUGAAAUCGGUUGCUGAUACGUACCCCAUAAGAGCAUCUGGUAAUGCUUGGUGGGAUACAAAAAAAGCACAAUGGAUCUCCGAUAGUAGUGUACCUUAUUUAUCAGGCACGGUCUAUAAAACAUUGACUGCAGAUGAUACGGAUUAUUUUGUGGGUAAUGUGAAAAGUGCACAACGAUAUCAAUCCGAUGGUAUUUCUUUCUUUACCUCCAAGGAUACCUUACAAUCUAUUCCAUUCUAUCCUGGUGAUAGUCAAUCCUCUAUUAGUUCCGGCGUCUUAUUCAGCAGCAGCAGCAGCAGCAGCAGCAGCAGCAGCAGCAUGGUAUCGGAAAAUACGAGUUCGACAACAAUAUUUGGUGGUGAAUUUGUUUUACCUAAUAAUAUUCAAAAUAUUGCCAUUUAUAACAAUCUCAAUCAUACCUGGAGUGGAUUUGAAGGUGCAAAUUGGCAAGGUCAAAUAAGUACCAUGGCCGUUCAUGAAAACUUGCUCUAUGUGGGCGGUCGAUUUACAAGUGCAACGGGUAAUAAUUUGGCGGUUUUCAGUAUUUCCAAUCGAUCUUUAUCCUUGUUUCCAAAGGUCCAAACAAGCGAUGGAUCACCAGCCAAUGUGAAUAUCAUUCGUCAUAUACCUGCUGAAAAAGCAAUGAUUGUAGGUGGUAACUUUAAUUCCAUUGAUUCACUUGCCUGUACUUCCAUUUGUUCCUUGAAUACAGUGAAUUUUCAAUGGAAUACACUUGGCUCUGGUCUUGUGGGUGAAGUCCAUGACUUUUUAUUGAUCAAUGAAAAACUAGUUACAAGUGGAAAUAUGACAUUAAACAACUCGCCUCUAACAAUAGCAGAAUUUGAUUUUAAAAAAAAUACGUGGGGUCCAUUUGAUACAGCGAAUUUACCAGGUCCUUCUCGUGCUAUUUCAUAUGACAAUAUGACAAACCAUCUUUAUAUCUCUGGACAGACAGCAGAUAAUUCUUCAACUUACCUUCGUAUCUGGGAUGGUCAACAAUUUAAAGCACCUGUGGUGGAAUUAGGAUCCGGUAGUCAUAUUUCGAAAUUAACCAUGUUACCCAUCGCCGAUUCCAAAACCAAUAUAUUGCUCGCCACAGGGUUGAUCAAUUUGGGUGAAUUAGGAAAUGUCAGUGCGGCGUUUUAUGAUGGCAAAACAUGGAUUCCCUAUCUCGUGACUUCUAACGACAAUGGCGAAUCUGCUUUAAGUAGCAUGUUCUUUUUAGAUCAACCGUAUGUUCCUGCCAUCAUCAAAAAAUAUUUGCCAACUCCUAUUGUGAUUCUCGUCUCCAUCGCUGUAGCACUGGGUAUUGUCUUCUUGAUCGUAUUUUGUGCCAUGUGUAUCAUCUUUAUGAAACGUAAAAGAGAUCAUAAGGUCAACCCUCAAUCUAGUCCCUCUGGUUAUUACGGAAAACCUCCUCGUACACCUCAAUCUCUUUUAACCAUGUUGAAAGAAACUUCGGACAACGAGGAUAAACAACAUAUUGACACGGACGAUCAUGGUCAUUACAGCAUGGAUAAGCCUCGCCAUCUCGAACCCGGCACCGAACAAUUUUACAACAUGUCAAAAUCUAUCAGUACAGAACACCUUCAUGAACAAGCAUUAACUCCCUUUAAUACCGCUAUUGCCAUGACCACCGCAAGAGCUCCUCCCCCUCUUCCUACAGCGCACGCACGUUCCGUUUCAAAUCAUAAUAACUUUCAUUCUGCUUACCCCGCAACCGCCGCCGCCGCCGCUUUGACAGCCGCUUCGCCUCGACCUGAGUCGUAUGCAAGACCCAUCAGUGAAUAUCAACGUGAUACCGAUUCGUUUUAUAACAAUGGUUACACAACCGGAGAAAUGGUAGAAGUCCCAGGACGUCAAAGCCCUUACAAUCCCUUCAGAAAUUCAGAAGGAUUUACAAACAAUCAACCCAGUCCCAUGUCUCAAUCUGUGGCUGCAAGUGCAUUUGCUACUGCCAAUAGUCGACACUUACCUUCCAGUCCUACCGCAAACAAUUAUCCAUCCGGUGAGUCGGCAUCUUAUAACAACAUGGCAACCGCUGGUAUGGUGGGAGCUGCUGUUCUCGGGGGUACUGCUGCGGCUGCUGCUGGAGCACUCUCGCAUCAUCAACGCAAAGAAGAUAAUCAGUCACAAGGAUCUAGAUCCAUUGCUUAUAACAAUACUCCUCCACCUCCACCUCCCCAUCUUCGCGCCUCCCCUCAGACCGGUAAAGGUUCUCCCAUGUCUUUGGUAGGUGCAUCGGACGAAUCAUCGUUAGUGGAUCCUAUCAGUGCAAUGGACGGCCGAGCUUCCUCCAAACGUAUGGUGGAAGAAUACAUGUCAUCGCGUAAUACAAAGAAGACGGAGGAACCCAAGGAUAAAAAGGCCAAGUACAAGAGCGAUUUUAAAUCCAUCAUGGCGAUUGCGAUUCAGAAUAAUACAAAAUAUCCCAUCGCAACCGAGGAAAAUCCUCAUUUGUAUUAUGCCAAAUUUGAAUUCAGUGCGCGUGAGCAUGGUGAGUUGGGUUUCGGUAACGCUGAUCCGAUUAUUGUGGUAGAUUCCAGUGAUGAUAUCUGGUGGAUGGGUUAUAAGGCAGAUAAAUCCGAUGGCUCAUUUAUUCAAGGUGUCUUUCCUAGUAAUUAUGUUGAAAUUGCUACAGAGCUCCGAUAA